AGAGUCGUUGGUUCCUGGCAACUGCUCUCUAGUUUUCGUCCAGCAUGACAAAAGGCACAUCCUCGUUCGGGAAGCGUCACACCAAAACCCACACGGGCUGCCGGCGGUGCGGGCGCAUCACUUUCCACAAGCAAAAGAAGGCCUGUGGGUCCUGCGGCUUUCCGGAGGCCAAGAUUCGCAAGUUCAACUGGUCCGAGAAGGCCAAGCGGAGAAAGACGACGGGAACGGGGCGGACCGCGCAUUUGAAGUCUCUGCCCCGGCGGUUUAAGAACGGUUUCCGCGAAGGAACAUCCGCCCCCGCCAAGAAGGUUGCGGCCGCAACCUCCUCCUAAGGUGGUAUGUCUCCUUCGUUUCCCCCCUCCUCCGUUCCUCCUCAUUUCUGUAGGAUUCGGCAGCGGGGAAUGGAUCAUGAGAGGGAGCAGGGAGGGAGGGAAGGGGGUGGAAGCUCUCGUGUGAGGCCAUGUCAGAGAUGAAGGGAUGAGGUGGCGUCACGGAAGAAAACACGAAGAGUCCGUC